UGAUAUCCCCCUCCAGUGAUUACCGGAAGCAGCCGAAGGCAUUUCCGGCGGUUGGGCCCGGUUCUGUGGUUAUCGGGGAAGUGGGGCGGCGGCAGUGUCGGUUGACUGCAGGAGUUGGAGUCUUAGUUCUUCGUGAGCUUGUCGGAUACAAUACACAGUCACCAUGUCAAGCAAAAAAGCCAAGGGAAAGACCACCAAGAAGCGCCCUCAGCGCGCAACUUCCAAUGUAUUUGCUAUGUUUGAUCAGUCACAGAUUCAAGAAUUCAAGGAGGCCUUCAACAUGAUUGAUCAGAAUCGUGAUGGCUUUAUUGAUAAAGAGGAUUUACAUGACAUGUUGGCUUCUCUUGGGAAGAACCCAACUGAUGAGUACCUAGAAGCAAUGAUGAAUGAAGCCCCAGGGCCCAUCAAUUUCACCAUGUUUUUGACAAUGUUUGGUGAAAAACUCAAUGGAACAGAUCCUGAAGAUGUAAUCAGAAAUGCUUUUGCCUGCUUUGAUGAAGAAGGAACAGGUUAUAUCCAGGAAGACUACCUGAGAGAUCUGCUGACAACAAUGGGAGAUCGAUUUACUGAUGAGGAAGUUGAUGAACUUUUCCGUGAAGCACCAAUUGACAGCAAGAGCAACUUCAACUAUAUUGAGUUUACCCGUAUACUGAAACAUGGUGCUAAAGACAAAGAUGACUAAAGAAGUCUAAAGCUUCUAUUCAUUCUUUUGGCAAAAUUUACAUCUAUUGGAUUAUAUUGCAUGCCUUCCAAAAUACUGCUUUUCUCAUAUUUAUAUUUUUCCAGUCAUGUUGGCACACUUUGCACAUGUUUGGAGUAAGUGCAAGAUAGGUGGCAGGGAACAAAGUAUAAAAGUGGAUCAUAAAUGAAAUGCCUUUUCUGAAACUUAUUUUUAAACUAAAAUCUUUUAAAAUUGUCAUCUUAGUGUGGUUUGCAGUACAAUAGGAAGGGAAAAUGUACCACACUCAGUAUAAUCUGAUCAAAGUAGUUCAGUUCAAAAAGAAAACUACUCUUAGAUUAAUUUAAGAUUAUGUCCUAUAAAAUGCAGCUUUUUGUAUUGGAGAUAAUGGUAUAAUGGUGAGAGCACUCAAUGUGCAAGUUUGAGUAUGUUGUCUUAUUUAGUUUAGAUGGCUCCUCUUAAAGCUAAAUUUGCUGAAAAGUCAUCUAAUCAGUCUGGUAUUUUGCAAUAUUUGAUUGCUGUAAAGCUUAGAGUGGAAUCUAUAGCUUGGUAUUAUGAAAAAUUUAUCCAAAGGACAAAACUUCGAUUUAAUGUUCAGAUUUUAUUCCGGUUUUUUUUCUGUUCUAUCUUAAGUAGUACCAAGAGUCCUGUGUGAUGCUGAUUGGUGUAGAAUUGUUUUGCCUUAUUCUUGAUUGUACUUCCUGUUCAGAUUUAUGUCCUUGUCAAAUAUCUGACUUGAAAAUAAAAGAGGAAAAUGCACUAAA